GGCCCAUCCAGCCAUCCACUUACCACUACUAGUACUGCAGUAUUGCGUGCGGUACCGUUUCUAGUCGGAGUACAUCAUCAGGUGCGAUGACAGCGACUGGCCUGAUGUCCAACUUGUUACUAGCAAUCCUAGUAGCAGCCAGCCACCAACAACAUAGGAUCUCGCACGCGGCAGAGCGGAGGGGUCGUAGUACCGGAUGGACAGUGGUGUAGCCACCUACCACCUACCACCUACCACCUACCACCUACCAAUACUAGUAGCCUGGGGUAGCUCCCUACCGUACCUUACCUACCUCACGUCGAGUUGCGACCAACUUCCUUCUAUUACCAAUACCACCUACCUACCUUACUGUAGUACUGGCAAUACUCAGGGCUUUUUGGAAUCUUGCGUCCUCUCUUUUAAGGUGAUUGUUGGAUUCACCGCAGCUCUAUCAGCCGUCCAUUCUCUCUCCCGAGGCCUUAGUAUUGGUUCAGUUCAGCGAGGAGCAUUGUCCAACCCCUCUGUCUAGACGAGGUGAUUGAGGAUCACUGGCAGAAGGAUAUCAGGGGAACAGCGCGCCCAUCGAAUUCAGUCGAGCUCGCACAAACGCACAUUGUACCGAGACAUCACGAUCGCUAAAAAGGGUAUAUCAGCGCGUACCCUCUUUGCCCUUGUGACUUCAGAACCCGGCUAUCACUACAGCUUUCCAUCGGUUUUGCGGCACAGCGGUCACUUGACAUUACCUUCCACGGAAAGUACUAGUUGUCGUUAACGGUCCACAGAAAUGGUUGAAUUGCGCAAACGGCCUCCUCCGAAGGAACCGGCCACCCCUGCGCCAGCCGCCAAAGCGAAACGAGGAGGCGGCAGCAGCAGCGGCAGUGCCAGCGCCGUCAAGAACCUGGCCGACAAAGCCAAAGAAGUUGUCUCGUCAGUCACCGAAACAGCAACAGCUGCGGUGUCGGAGGACAAGACUACUACUACUGAAGGUGCCGAGGGCAGUGCUGCUACCAGUACCGCUGACAAAAAGACCUCGGUGGCCAUUGAAGGAACCGGGCCUGUCAACAUCGAUAGCGCUUUUGGUGGGAAUAUCCAUCUUCACGAUGGCACCGAAACGACUUUGAGGCAGUUGCUCGACAAGAGCGAGAAGGGCGUUGUCUUGUUUACCUAUCCGAGGGCGAGUACGCCUGGAUGCACAACUCAAGUAUGUCUCUUCCGCGACAACUACGACACUAUCAGAACUGCAGGCUUCUCGGUCUUUGGCCUGAGCACCGACAGUCCCAAGGCCAAUACGACUUUUGCAACGAAGCAGAAACUGCCUUAUCAACUUUUGUGCGAUCCGGGUGCCACUUUGACAACUGCAAUCGGUAUGAAGAAGCCUGGACCGGGUAAGUCGACCGCAAGGGGCGUCGUUGUCAUCGAGAAGGCCGAUGGCGAACGAAUCACCGUCUGGGAGCAAGCCGGCGCAGCAAAGACUUUGGAUGCCGUGCUCGAGCACAUUAAGACUUUGGGUGAUACUAGUACCGAGAAAGAAUCCCAUGAAGAGCCCGCAGCUACAGACAAGGAGCCCCCAGCGAUACAAGAGUCGGCAGCCACGGACAAAGUUGUCCCAGUGAUACAAGAGCCGGUGGAUUCCAAGGAAACUACCACCAAGCUGGCGGAUCCAGACACCAAGAUGGACGAGGUUCCCUUGAUCAAAACUCCGUCCCGGGAGGAGCAAGAGGCCGCAACCACUGCGGCCGAGGUCGGUGAGACUGCCGCGAAGAUUGAUGCUGCUGUGGGAGAACUCAAGGAAUGAGUCGGCGUGCAGUGCAGUGGGCAGCGUCUCGACAACAUCCCGUUCCACCGGUACUCUGUGAGAGAAGGACCCGGUGUCGGUCAAAAGAGGUGAACGAGACUGUUUCAAGAUGGACGCUUCAGCUCUGAACUAGAAUUCAGAGUCCCUGGUCUUGAAGGUACUGUAGCAUGAUGCCAGAAAGCAGGCCUACUAGUGCCGACAUCCUUUACCGGCCACUCGGUCCAGAAAAUGUACACACUUCCAGUUCGGGGUCGUUCUCGGCGUUACUGUAUUCAUAUGCUUGCGAUUCCUGGAGUCCAUAUCUUUCCUAUCC